UUUACUUGAGUCCGGGUUUGGGAGAUGUUUGAAAGUGUACUGUCAUCAUACGAUCAAGAUUAGGCUAGAUAAUCGACUACCACUGGCUGAAUUGUCUACUGAGGCCAAAAGUUCAAUUAUCAUGUUUCGAUUCUAAUCGUUUUCUGUGGAUGUGCUAGAUAGUUGCUGUGAUGUGAAAGUUGGUGAAUUUUUAGCUGUACGCGUCAUCUUGGAUAUUUGUGGAGAAUUCUGGUCUGUGGUGAAGAUGUCCAAACUACAAGUAGAUGAGAGUGAAUAGGUGUAGAUUCAAGCUGGAAAUUUAUCCGAAAAAUAAUUGAUUCUGUGGCCACAGGUGUUAAAAGAUACACAGUAGUUUCAGGGAGCAUAGCACAAAUAAGAUGUUUGUGGUGAAAUUCUGGAUUUAAGUGUUUUAGAAGGUUUUGUGUAUUAGGCUACCUGUACAUAUAACUAUAUAUGUACAACGGAUUGCCAGCAGGUAUCGGCAUCAUGUACAGAUGUCUGCCAGACGAAGUCAUCCCUGCGAUGGCCUACAGCAAUACAGGCCGCCCCCAGGUGUGUCAACAACCACCAGACCUUUGCUACCCAAGUAAGACGGUCUCUUUGGCAACUCCCUGUACCUCCUCCAAUCCUGUCAUGAAUGGCCACCUGCAUAACAUGCCUUACUCAUGUGCCGCUGUAACAUCGAUGGACGGACAGGGAGGCUACGACAACCCAGCCAUGCACCCGUUACCUGACAGUCCACCAGACUCUGAGCCAUAUUCGCCUCCUGAUGGACAUCGUAAUGUCCAUGUGACGUCCUCAGAAAGCAAGUUUGGCAUUGUAAACUCAGUCAACACGAUGAACCAGCAUAUGUAUGGCCCGCCACAUCACCGGCCGCCAGGGAUGCCAACAGUUAUGCAGCCGAAGAUGUCGUCCUCGGGGUAUAACGAACCACCAUCCCUAAACCACCUUCUCCCAGUAUCACACGUACCACCCCCCAUCCCUCCGUCCACUGUUUCCUGUGCCACGCCUGUGCCCUUGCCUACCUCAUCACAGAUGAACAACCCGCAGGUCCUCUCCCCACCCAACAUGAGCCCAAAUAUGCAUGGCAGCGCAUCGGCUAAGAAGAGGAAGUACCCAGAAAAUACUGGGGCAAGUUUAACCAGUGCACUGUUCAACACAAACAGAAACAAUGGUUCCAUGAACAUCAAACAGGAACCUAAUGCUUCAGCAUUUCCUCCCUACAUGGUGGACUUUGAGGAAGACCAGUACAGUAAUUGUUAUGAUCAAGAAUCCAGUAACGGUUACCUUGACAGCCAGUAUCAGGUGAUCAAGUGGCAGCAGCACCAGGUACAGAAGUGGAACGUCCUCACUGACGCCAACCUCAAAGACCUGCCAACCCCCCAUUACAGAGUCGACUCAGACAAAGGGUUUAAUUUCUCCGUAUCAGACGACGCCUUUGUUUGUCAGAAAAAGAAUCACUUCCAGGUCACAGUUCACAUUGGAAUAAGCACAGACCCUAGAUAUGUGCGGACGUCAGAAGGGGUGAAGAAAAUUGAUGGAUUUUGCCUGCACUUCCAUGGAUUAAAGCUUGAGUCUCCUAACCAGCUAAUAAAGAUAGAACAGUCACAAUCUGAUCGCACCAAGAAGAUGUUCCACCCGGUCAAGGUGGACCUCCUUCCAGAUCAAACCAACAAGGUGACGGUUGGUCGGCUCCACUUCAGUGAGACAACGUCAAACAACAUGAGGAAGAAGGGACGGCCGAACCCUGACCAACGCUACUUCCAACUUGCUGUAUCACUUUGUGCCCAUAGUGGAGAAAACAGCUACAUGGUAGCCUCAAGUGCGUCAGAGCGCCUCAUUGUAAGGGCAUCCAAUCCUGGCCAGUUUGACAGUGAUGUCGACGUGCUUUGGCAGAAAGCACAGACACCCAAUGGAGUUUACCACGAGGGUAGAGUCGGGAUCAACACUGACCACUUAGACGAGGCACUGACCGUUAAUGGCAAUAUAAAACUGACCGGUCGUAUUCUCCAGCCAUCAGAUCUCAGAGCAAAAGAAGAACUUAAAGAGGUUGACUCUAAGGACCAGUUAAAGAAAGUCGCCCAAAUGAAAAUUUACCAGUACAAAUAUAGUCCAGAUUUCGCAGAGAGCGCAGGUCUCCCGGAGGACAAGCGACGCGAUACUGGAGUCAUUGCACAGGAGGUCAGGGAAGUCCUUCCUGAUGCGGUCAUGGAAACAGGCGAUGUUCUUCUACCAGGAGGUCAGAAAAUACGGAAUCUUCUCGUCGUAAAUAAGGAACGCAUAUUUAUGGAAAAUGUUGGAGCAGUGAAAGAACUUUGUAAAUUAACAGACAAUCUCGAGGUCAGAAUUGAUGAACUCGAGAAAAUGAACACAAAAUUGUCCAAACUGAAACGUUUCGAUAGCAUCAAAUCGACUGUUAGCUCCAAGUCCACUUGUAGUGUUAGUACCAUCAGUUCAAUACCAAAGAGAGCAUCUCAAAACCAUAAACAUCGUUCAACACGCUCCGUCCCCUACAAGGAGCACAAGUCCACAUCUGGGCCCCCAGGGCCCGCCCCCACCUCAACAGACAGCCACGGAUGGUGUAGUAAUCGGUUCAUACAGCUCACCAUCAUAACACUCAUACUCAUAAUGGCCUUCUGCCUAAUUGCCAUCACCAUACUUUAUAUAAUGGAGCGGAAUAAAGAGUCUGGAGGUGUCACAAACAACCACAACUACAUCCUCUCCGCAACUCCCAAUGCCAAUUCGGGACAGUCACAGCCAAUCAGUAGUAGAAACAUUAGUCACGGUCCACUUAUCUUCAACACGACGCCUUUACCAGCUGUAACGACAGAAUCGACCAUCUUGACAUCCAAUGUGGUUACGCCUUCUAUCACACGAUCACCACAGCUGAUCAUUCCACCGUACCCACAAUGUGACCCGAAUACGACGUGUAAUGAACGACACUGCUGUCCUCCGCCCAUACAGCACGACCAGGAAGGACAGAUGUAUGCGCCCUGGAGAAAUGAGAACAGGAACAGUGUGGAAAAUGAGGAUGUCCCAGCGACCGACCUUGUCCCUGAAACUGUCGAUAAUAACACACAGAGGAACAAUAGUAACCCAGAGUAUCGCAUUGUUACACCCAGCCCGGCGACGCCUCACCCUUCACAACAGACAGGCAACGCCCUGCCCCAGGUCAACAAUGUACCAGUGACGGUGAAGCCAGAGGAUCAAGAACCAAAUGUGAUUGUCAACAGUAUUGACGACUCAAACACAGACACACAGGGUUAUGAUUAUAACAACGGAGAUACCAACAGUAAUGAGGUCAAGGUCUCUCACCGAAGAAAGCGCUCUGUCACCACAGAUCAAAUGCAGGCUAGAGUGUUCCUGAAAGAGCUUAACUUUGAGUUUGACUCGAAGUUUUGCUCCAACUGCACGAACACGAACAAGACUUACCAGUUGAGGCUGAGCCAGUACUUUGAAUAUGAACCUGUUACCAUCAAGUUCAACCUGGAGGCGGAUAUGGCCGUUUCCAUGUGUUAUAAUUUCUCUGAGGCAAGCUGUCAGACAGACAAUACCCAGAUGGAGAUUCAACACGAGUCGGAGUACGAAUGGAAAAUGCCGAUCGGGAAAUACUUCUACAGCUCAUUCUGUUUCCGAGUCACAGCAAAGGACCAGAAUGCACCAUGCUCUCUCCUUCCGGAGGACACGGCCCACCCAUUUGUCGAGUAUAACCUCCACUUCCAAAGGACUUGUGAAGACCAGUGAACAGUCGAAACAGACAUGGUCUUUUAGCAAAACAUUCUGAUAAAAUGUUCUAGCAGACAAGUGUGAUGUAUUUUAACAGUACAUUUGACAAGCUUUUAUAUAUUUAUCACACUGCACAGACCACAUUUCCAUGGUUACACAUACAGUUUUCCACGCAUAACGGAGAAAUUUACCUGAAGAUGAUGUUUUGUUAAUCGCGACUGUUGGUUCAACGUUGGUAGACUAGUCCGCAAACAUUGUGUAACCAAGUAACCCAGACGUAGGAAAGGUCGUUAGGUGCAGCAGCAAGGCAGCCUUCAAACUUUGUCAGGGGGAGUAACUCCUGAAAAUCAAACUUUGUCAGGGGCAAUAACUCCUGAAACUAUCAAUGUUUUUAAUUGAAUUCUAUAUUUGUUUGCAUCCCUAUGAUAUUUAUUGCAGAUCAUAUGUAUGCUAUUGUAGAUCAUGGAUAGCAUGAUUUAUCAAACAUCUGUUAGCAGAUGGCAUUCUAGUGGCCUUUAAAUCAAAAGAACUGGAACUGUGGAUCAAACGAACCAAUAUUGUAUGAUCCAACAGAAUUUUUUCUUGGAAUAUAUGGUCAUCUAACUUUCCCAAUACUUUAUUUUGAAGCCAAUUUUUUUUUUUUUUUUUUUCAAAAAUAUUUUGCAAAUAACAAGAGCAGAAUUUAGUGUGCUUAGCAUAAUCACACUUGAAAAGUUUGUAUUUCAUGGAUAGUUGGAAUUACUGGCUAUGCUUAUUUCACUUUGAUUAAUGUAGGGAGAGAGUAUGUGAUACAGUGAUGUGCCAUGUUGAUGUCUUUUGUUUGAUAUAUUCUACACAAAAACAAUUGCUAUGAUUAUGAUGCACAUGUAUAAAGCUCGUUUUUGUCCUCAUCUAUUUUUAUAUUGUGAAAUUGUUUAUGUGUUACUCAUCAAGGUGCAGAAAAAUACAAACUUAGGGACAUUUUGAAGUAUAAGGGAGUGUUGGUUGAUCAGUUGGUAUCCAAAGUCUGCUGCAGAUGAUAACAAGCAGGAAAUGAGGCCUGAUUGACAAAAAAAUUGUAUUAUUUUAUUAUUCCAUUCCCGAUGAUUCCAUUAUUUUUGGAAUGUUGAAUAAGAUUAAAAGUCCAAUUUGAGAUUAUUUCAAAGAGGGAACAAAAUAAACAUUUUUGAGAUUUUCAACAAAUCUGUAAGCAAAUUAUGCUGUAUUUUUUCUUAUGAAUGUAAGUUCAUGUUUAAAAAGUACAUAAUAAUACAUUUUGAGAUUUGAAUUCCUGGAAUUAUAACCAGAUUAUUGGAAUGGAAACUCUAAUUUGUAUAUACCGCAGUUCUGGGCAGAAAAUUACACAAACUGAGAUUAUGUUAUUUCAAAACAUUCCAUUUGUACAUUAAGUAUAACAAAAGCUAGCAAUAAUUAUUUGAUAUACUUAGGAUAAGUAUAAAGUGGAGAUAGAACAAUACUUGACCACACAUUGGUAUUAUUUUGUAUUGGUCGUUGUUGUGGUCAAGACAAAAGAUUUUUAAUAUAUUAAUGAUAGCCUAAUUAAUAUAGAGAUUUUAUAUUGUUUAGUCUGUUAAUACCCCAGAAAUCUUACAUUUAAUAUAUUCAUUGUGUGCCAGUGCAUGAGUACAUGUAUUCUUUUGUUAAAGUGUGUAUUUGUUUCUUUUGUUUUUGCAUGUGUGCUCAUUGUUAAUUAUAUGUAUAAGGUCAGGGAUCAGGGGGUCAGAGGUCGCAACUGACCUUAUUUGGGAUAGCCAAUGAAAAGAAGCAUAACAUCCCAACAUCAUGAUUCUGACUUGAAGAAGUGGUCUCAGAUUAUAAGUAUCAGAGUAUGCGUAACAAUAGCUGCCUUUUGAGUAAACAGUCUUCGCAGCAUCCGAAACCUAUCCGAUGCAAGAUCACACUUUUAUGUUAAUUGAUGUCACAAAUACUGCAAUCUCUGGUAAAAUAAUACCUAAACAUUUGAAAUUCCCUUACUGGUACCUAACAAUUCCAUAGAUGUACAUUAAUACAUGUACCUGGUAAGUCGUGUGACCCACAUGACUAAAAUUAGUGAUAGGUAUUUUAAUGAAACUGACUCAAAAGGCAGUCGUUACGGUAUACUCUCUUUUGGUUCACUUAUAGUGAAAUACUACUUAAAAGUUUUAUAUGUAUUUUAUAAAGCAUGAUUUUACUUGAUUUUGUUGAUGAAUCGUGGGUGGAAAGAAACAAUGUAAAUUACAUACAUUGUGAUAAUUGUGUUCCCAUGGUAAUGAAGCGAUAUUUACCUACAUGUAUGUAUUGUUAUAUGAUUGUUACUUAUCAGAAUGCUGUUUUAUAUUGAUGUCUUAUAUGCCCAUUUACAUGAAAUCAUUCAUUUAUUACUAGAGUCUACAUGCAAGUUUGUAGAAGAAAAUUGUUUUUCCUUUGAUAUGAUACUUUGACUACUCAAUUUUAUUUCAUAUUUCAUAAUCAGAUAAAAAUGCAAUUUCACCCAAUUUCAUAAUCUAAUGAGUGUUUUGUACAAUAAAAGACAUUUCAAUGCUAAUCUAUAUUGUACAUGGAUGUGUUAAUUCAGAGUAUAAAAUGCAAUAAAAGUUUAUCUAAUUUGCAUAUUAAUCUAACGAUGUGAAGUAGGAAUUUUAUUCACUUUGUGUUUAAAGAUUUUAGUGCAAAAAUAGCAUAAUGCCCUAUCCCUAGAUACUCAACUCGGACCAAAGAGAUUCACAUUUAUGAGAAAAAUAUCGCAUAGUGGAAAAAUUUCAGUUUGAGCGUCAAUAUUGAUAUUUCAUCUUCUGUUUUACAGUGUACUCAUCUUUUUAAAGGACUAUUUACUAUUUUAUAGUAGAAAUAUGCUGUCUUCAUUCCAGUAUUUUAUAAAUGUUUUCAUCUUUUGAUUCAUGUAUUUGUGUAAAGCAUAUGAUCAAAUUGUCAGGAAUUUCAUUUAAAAUGACUUAAAUCAUAUCUAUAAUUAUAAUAAUUGGUCAUAACUCUACAUCAUCAUGAUUAUCAUCCCCAUCAAUAUCGUCUUCAGUAUCGUGACUUCAUUUUGAAAUUAUCUCACUUUUAAUUUAUGAAAGGAUUUUGUGAGAUUGUGAAUAUUUUCCUGAAAAUGAAUAAAAUUGUGAAAAUGAGUUAUGCCAGUGUUAAAUUGAGUGCUUUUUUGUCUCUGAAUGUGCUUUAUAUACCUAACUGUUGUUACAUUACGUCAUUUACAAACUUUGACAUGUAAUCCGCACCUACUCACUAGAGAAUUGAAUUCAUAAGAAUAUAAGUUUGUCUUAUUCGAUAUUUGUCGAUAUUCAACUACCACUUUGUAAGAGAAUAGGUCAAAGAACGAAAGAUCACCAGUAUUGGGCCUUAUUCAUACCUUACUAUGUAGUAGGAUGAAUUUUCGGUGUUUCAGAUAUGACCCCUUCCAUAAAAUCUUAAAUUGUGAAUGGAUUCUAAAUCAAUUAUUGCCAUACAUAUAAAGCCCAUUGAAAAAAUUAUUUCUUUGUCUCUGAUGAGCAGUCUUUUAGCCUUGUGCAUUGUUAAUUUCUAUAUAUGUCUUGUUUAUUUUUAAUGUUAAUGAUUUUCUUCUUAAUUAUUUUCAAAAGUUUUUAAUCUUGAUUUUUUUUUUUUUUUUACAUAAGAUUUAGGACUGCAUUAGAGAGACAUUUCACAACUUUUAAAAUUAUGAGCAUUGAAGCAGUUCUAGGUACCGUAAAAACUCGUGUAAUUUGCACAGUUUUUUGUACUGAAAUAAAGUUUAAAGUUGGGGGUGUGCAAAUUAUACAGGUAGAAAUUUUUUUUCAGCAUUUUCAGCUCGAAAAAGUGCCUGCGAAAUUACACAUGUUUUUACGGUAUAUACAUACAUAUAUAAGAAAAAGGUUGACUUAUUCUCACUCUCCGGUUACACACAUAUAUACCGGUAUACAUGUACUCUGUACAAGACUGUCUACAUCUGAUAUAAAUAAAUAAAUUGUUUGGAUGUCAUAAAUUAUCCCAGUUUGUACCUACAUAUAUACAUGUAUUUUUUCAUUUGAUGUUGAAUAUGAGAUUAAACCAAAAAAGGUAAAUCCUUAAAUAUUGUAUUUUAUUUUAAAUAUUGAUACAAUUUUAAUCAUCAGUGUUAUAUUUUUUAGUAAUUUAUUUCAACUACUUCAAUAUCAAUUUAUAAAAAUUAUUUUUUUUAAAUAAAGAUUCUCAAAAUGAUAUUAAUAUGUUUCACAUAAUUGAAAAAAAAAAAUCCUGAAUGUUAAAAGUUUGUGUUCAAUACAUUCCUUCCUUAAUUUAGGCAAUAACGAACAGGUUAUAGUUUUAAGAACAUUUUAUAUAUAAGAUGUUAUGGUGUUACCACUCGAUGACAUUCCGAUCAUUAACAGGAUGAUGUGAGUGUGUUGUUUUACUGUCAUAUUAAAACUCAUCAACAAA